GCUUGCAAAUAGUAUACAGCUGAUAACAACAUGAUGUGUUCAACUGUUAUCUUAGUCUUGGCGAUUAAAGAAGAGCAGAGCGAGACUUAUCUUUAGGUUACCAGUUCAAAAGAUGUGUUGACGAACUAAUUGUUUUAUAAAGGAGAAUAUAUAACGAAUAACUUCACAUUUUUUCUGAUAUUAUCAUAGCUAUUAAAGCAGGCUUACUCGUGCUGCAAGAUGAGUACUGCAGCAGCCGUGCACGUGCAGCUGGAGGACCCUAGCGACUUCCGGCCGGAACACAAGGACAAGACAGACUUCCGGGACUUCCGUAUUCACACCGUUCCUGAGAGAGUCAUCAAGGUGUACACUGCCAUGCAUAAGAACCAGACGUACGCCUUUGUGAAAGAGAAAAUGAGUACAUGGUGCAAGUUUGACCACGCCCAGAUGACGAUGAUGGAAGCCCUAGAUAUGCUAUCUGCGUUCAUUGACGAGUGUGACCCCGAUGUCGACGUCCCCAACGCUGUUCACGCCUACCAAACGGCGGAAGGUAUCCGGAAGGCACACCCCGACAAGGAGUGGCUUCAGGUGGCGGGGCUUAUCCACGACGUCGGCAAGAUCAUGGCCAUCUGGGGCGAGCCUCAAUGGUGCGUCGUCGGUGACACUUUCCCCGUCGGAUGUGCGCCGAGCAAGCACAUUGUUUUUGAUGCUCAGUUCUUCAACGACAACCCUGAUACCAAUGACCCCAAGCUAAGCUCCAAAUUGGGCGUGUACACAGAAAACUGUGGGCUGGAGAAUGUGCUCAUGUCAUGGGGGCACGAUGAAUACCUGUACCGGGUCCUCAAAGCCAACACCUGCCACCUGCCGGAUGAAGCUAUGUAUGCUGUCAGGUUCCAUUCCUUCUAUCCGUGGCACAUGAGCGGGGACUACAUGUAUCUCUGUAACAACAAGGACCUUGAGAUGCUCCCCUGGGUCAACGAGUUCAACAAGUUUGACCUCUACACCAAGUGUCCCGACAUGCCCGAUAUCGACACGCUCCGGGAGUAUUACAGCAAGCUGGUCGAUAAAUAUGUGCCCGGCAAACUGAAGUGGUAAAACUCUGUACCUGGCGGAAUAUUGACACCAUCGUGGAAGGAUGACCGACCAUAGAGACCAUGUGUUUACAUACAAAAUAAUGUACAGUCUUGCAAUUUCGGUAUAUGAAUAAAAGUGACAGUAUGUUUUGCUAGUAUUGUAAAUAAAACAAUUAUAUUGACACCAUGAGGUUCCAAAAUAAACGAGGAAUCAACUUUAGUGAAAUAAGGUAUAAAAACUACUCUUCGUGAGUCUUCGUUGACAAUCUGACAAUCGACGGCUUCUGCAGACCGUUUUGUCGCUGUUUAUGUAUGCAUUGCUUUUAAAUUAUAUAUCGCUUUGCAAUAUUUUUUUACUUGUUGUAUUUUGAUUUGAUUACAACGCCAAAGUAUAUGAUUAUGCCAUCUUAUCAUACAUUAUACUGGUUCAAAUAAACGGAGUUAGUUAGUA